AUUAUUACAGUAGUUUGUGGAGCAUCACUGAAGAAACCCUUAAAGCCAGAAUGUUAGCAGAUAUUUUUCUUCUUGUGUAUUUUCUAAAUGUGUUUGUGUACUGGAUGAUAACAGUGGGCACAUUGUUAAAGUGACUUUGUAUUUAAGGUUUCUCUGUGCAUGCCCGUGCAUAAUGAGAGCACUGGCUCGCCCUCUCUCUCCUCCCUCCUGUGCUGAGGUCACAGACUCGCCUGGCAGAACUCAAACUGCUUCUCACAGAGCAGAUAGAGGGAGUUCAGGGAGGAGGAAACAGGAGGAAAUCUGUUUGCCGUUUGAUGUUGGAUUCUUUAGCAGAGAUAUGAGCCUGAGGAUCAGCAGACACUGAGACGACCGACAUGGACAAACAGAAAGUGCUGGCCAAGCUGAUCUGGGAUCUGCAGUCCUUCCUGUCUGUUCUGGACUCAGAGAACCUGAGUUACAUCGCUCAGGCUCAGAAGAAAUCCAUCUCAGAGCUGCUGUCCACGCUGCAGAAUCAGGACGCUCCAGUGGAAGAUGCCGAGUACAUGAUCAUGAGCUGUCCAUCAUCGUCUCCUAGCAACGAGCUGACAGACACACCUGCAAAAGCUGUCCGGGCCUCUGAGCUGGUCUCAAAUCAGGACCUGUCUGCAUGGCUGAGGAACGGGCUGCAGGGCCCCAAGGUGCCGCCCCACCCUCCAGGAGGUCUAGGAGGUGACGAUGAUGACGAAGAUACGUACGAGGAGGCAGAACCUUACGUCCCUGCCGACGCCACCGCGUCCAACACUGAGAAGGCGGAGUCAGACAGCAGCCACUACGAGUCCUACGAUGAGGAAGACGAUGAUGAUGGAGGGGAGGAGCUUGUGAAGGACAGAGCUCACUACAUCCGGUGGAGCGCCUCACAGCCCUGCCUAAAGCCCACGCCAGAGUCCCGCCUCUGCGGGUACCUGUGGAGGAGGAAGUGGCUCGGACAGUGGAGCAAAGAGCUGUUCAUCAUCAGGAACGACGUGCUGCUGGUGAGGAACGAAACAAACGCACGAGCCCACACGGCUGCAGUCCCUCUGAUGGCCACUAUGUGUCGCUCUAUCUUUGAAGCGCCUCAGCUCUUUGUGAGGUCAGGUGUGUUUGACCUGUUUGUACCUGUGUGUCUUCUUCUGUGUUUGCGUCAGUGUUAUAAGUGCGCCCGGGACCUGCUGCCUCAGCUGGAGUUGAACCUGCGCGGCUGUCAGCUCGUCUACAAGUCAAAGAGCAGCAGGAAGAUCCAACACCAGCUCAAACUGGUGCUGCUGGGCUCGGAGACGCUGGUGCUGGGCUACAGCACCUUCCAGCAGGCCGACGAGUGGAAGAAGGUGAUCGAGGAGGUGAGCAUCGCAGGAGAAACGGAGAUGCACAGCUACUCGUCUCUGAAUAAGUCAGACCAGCUGCUGUCCUGCAGGUCCAGUAUAGUCCAGUCUGACUCUGACGAGGAGGAAGCUUCAGCUCGCUGCAGCCUCAGCAAGAACAAAGGUUUCCUGAACGUACUGAUGAACUGCCAGUGGCAGAGUUUACUGUGUCGGGUGGAGGCCGGGGUCCUCAACAUGUUCGGGGAGGAGGCGGUGCAGGGGGAGCGCUCGCCUCAGUACACCGUCCAGCUCAGAGGCUGUGAGGUCAAACCUGACACCAAGCACUGCUACAGGAUCACACUGAGCAUGCUCGAUGACCAGAUGGCGGUGCUGGAGGUGAGCUGGUGGAACAGGGAGUUUGAAUUCAUCCACUUCAACUUGUUACUCAAUAACGUGUCCUCCUUCCUUCCUUCCUUCCUUCAGGUGAGCAGCUCAGAGGAGAAGCAGCGGUGGUUGAAGCUGCUGCAGGACGGCGCUGCGUAUUACUGUCACCAUGACAACAAAACACAGGAGCACUCAGGUGUAACUCUCAGUGGGCUGCAGACUCGCAGGUUUCCCUCCUCCAACACCUACAUGGACGACCCCUUCCACCUGAGCGAGCCGGGCCGAGACCAGCCCAUCUACUCCAACACCUCCGUCCUGGAGCACAUGCUCCACGGCUCUCAGGGUUCGAUUCGCUGCAGCUCGGUGUCGUCCAAAGGCUCAGUGACCUACAGCAACACCGUCCUCAGCGGCCACAACAGGAAGUCGGCCGAAGUGCAGCGAAGCAUUCAGAAGCUCGAGCUGACCGACAGGAAGGUAGUGCCGCUGAGGGCGGGGUCAGAGAUCAACCUGGCAUCCAGCACAAAGCAAAACAAGCGCACCUCCUUCAGACAGUCCCUGGCCAUCUACAGUGAGCGCGCUCAGGCUGGCAUCCUGAACCCUCUGCUGCGACGGACGGCCUCAGCUAAAAACUCCUUGAGACGGGCUCCUUCGGCGCUGUUCAUCGAACAUGGAAAAGUUUUCCAGAGGAGGAAGGAAUGGGAAACUAAAGCAGCUGCUUGACACCGGCUGCGCGGCUAAUAUCACAUCCCAUCAACUAGUGUGGACUGGUUUUUUUUUUGGUUUUUUUUUUCUAGCUAUCAUAUUUUAUUCAGAGAUGGUGCAGGGAGAGUGUGCCAAAGGAUUUUAACACGUCUAACAUAAUAAAAAAAACCAAGAAAAACCUUAUUGCCCGACAUGAAGCUGGUCAUGAGUGCUGCGUUCGCUGCUGUCGAUCUCUUAGCUGAUCUCUCGUUCGUGCCCAUUUUAAAAGUUUACAUUUCCAACCAACAACAGGAAAUAAUCUUUUUAAAUAAAGCUGAAAAGCUAACAGCUAGAUAAUAAUACUGUGUUCAGUGCUAAUGUUGGUAUUUUAGCUAGCUAACAUGCUAAACAGAGACUUACUGAGCUGUGAAAGUUUCAAUAAACAGCAGCUGAUGAACAGAAUUCAGGGAAACCUCUGUCACUAAUUUCACUGUUUCACGUCCAUUUCAAAAGUUUACAUUUAAAGCCCCAAAAGGUUGAUUCUGUUCAUCUGGACGUUUUCAGUGGGAGAAACGUUUCGUCAUCAUCAGGUGACUCCUUCAGUCUCAGCUGACUGCAGGUUUCUACCUUAUAAACAAGACAUUUGCAUAAUGACUGAAACCAGCACCACUGAAUGAACACUGGGCUGGGAGGCCAGUUCCUGGAUCAUUAAACCAACCAAACCAUUACAUUAAAAAAAAAACAACAGGAAGUGAUAUUUUUUAGUAAAGCUAAAAAGCUACAAAAAAAACCUAAGAGCUAGCUAAUAAUACUGUGUUCAUGCUUAUUUACUAUUUUUUAGUAAAUUUACAAACCCUCCGUAUCAAAAAAAAGGGAAGACACGUAGAUGCAAUAAGCUGCCCCUCCACAGGCUUCCAGAAACGGCUAAUCAGAUGAAAGUGGGCGUUUAGGGAGGGGGGCCUUAAAGAGACAGGCACCAAAACUGAGCUUCAAGUAGAAUAAAAACCACAGCAAUGAACAGUGACCACUUGUGACCAGAGGGGGCGCUAAAAUCGUCGCUACAAAGAAAUAUUUUCACAUCCAAAUGUCUGAAUUUACUUUUGUACUUUUAUGGUUUCGUGUGGAUCGUUUCCACUCAGUGUAUGAAUGUGUUUUAUUAUCCAGCGAUAGUUUUUAAGGUCACACUGAUGUUUUAAUUUUUUAAUAGCACAUUUAUUUUAUGGUUUAAUUAAAUAACAGUUUUCAGCAUGUACUGAGCACCACAGUGUAAUAACGGCUUCCUGUCUAUAACCACAACACGUCUUUGCUGUUCUCAGGUGAACGUCCACACUGACCUGUAAAAUCAUUUGUUUGUACAAAAAGUCACAGGAACACUUUUGUGGCAUAUCGACAGAGUGUAAUUAUCUCUUCUUCUGAUGGUAGAACAGUAUUUUUUAUGUACAUGUGAUUUAGGAAAUCCUUUCAAUCUCGGAGCAACAGGAGCAAACUUGUUAUUUCACUGAGUUACUGAGACCGUCUGUAAGCUGAUAUUUCCUCCCACACACGACCUCUGCAGCAGCUGUGCUGCUCUCACUCUCAUUUAUGUGAUUAAACUCUUUGUACUUCUCUAAUAUUGUACUUUCAUCUUCCUUUGUGAAGCGAGCCACUCUCCCAGUGCUCGUUUAUGAUCCAGUUGUGCCAAACGUCUAUUUAACUGGCAUCGCGUUCAAAUGAGGCUCCUCCUCUGCAUCUUUGGUGGGAGAGACGAGGACACAAGGAGAGGAGUCAAGUACACAAAAGGCACGACAUGCAUCUUGUCCCAUCUGUUUUCACACUCUACUGGACUCUACUGGACUGCCUACCAGUUAAAUAGUGCUUACCUGGUACGCUAAUCAAGUGCGGCUGACUCGCUGCUCGUUUAACACACUCAGAUGUUUUUGUCUGAAAGAAACGUUUGCAGUGCAAAGACGACGUGAAGCCAGUGAAGCAGAGUUUUUUCUCCAAAUAGAAAUGCUCUUUAUUGUAACUCCUGGUUAAUCACUCACGUCACCAUUCAUCUGUUACAGCAGCUGCAUCCACAGAAGAAAACAACAGCAACUAGCAUGAAGUCAUUCAGUGGUUCAGUAUGUACAGCAGCAGGGCGGCUGCUCGUCAGCGAGUCUGACCUCUGACCUCUGGGCUCGUAUUUCUCAAACUGCCGGAGGUACAAUUCCCAACACGCGUCUGACUCUCAUAAUGAGUCCAAAGAAAAAAAAAGGAUAAAAAUAUGUUAAAUAGUUUUUUGGGUUAUUGUAAUUCUUCAGGUCGUUCUGCUCGCCGUGAGGUGAGAAACACGAGUCCAAAGAAGAGAAACUCAAACCCGUAACUGCCAGCGUGUUUCAAAGAAAGCUAGAAUAACAUAUGACAUCAUCAUCCUGACAUCACGCACGCAGCAGGUGAACGAGCAGAGAUGCUGACGGGCGCUGAAGCCGCCCUGCGAGUCUAAAGAACUCAAGAAAAACAGAAAAAACACUUCAAUGUACAAAAAAGAAAAACAUGGAACAAUCAUGUGUCGUCACAGCAAUCACUUCCUGUUUCUAACUACACAAACCAAUCAGAGCGCGUCUGGGUGAACGGCGUCAGAAUCAUCCAGACAAAAGAAAAGUUAAAGAAAGAAAAGAGGAAAUCAUAAAGUGACCGAUGCUCGCUCUGACACGUCUCACUUCUCCAUCUGUUUUAUCCUCAGUCUUUUAUUUUAUUGAUCCACAGAUACAGGAAGCGGCGAGGCAGACGUGACGGCGGGUGAUGCAGGAAGUGGCGGUGGUGAUUUCUUUUUAAAACUGAUGCAGUGAGAGUGAUCUGAGCUUAAAUCUCACGCAGGGCGGAGCUACUGAACUCGGACUUGAAGGAACAAACGAGCUGAGACGCGAACGCCUCGUUUUUACAUGCUUAGAAUUAUUAUUAUUGUUACUUUAUUAAAGGAAGAAGGCCUUAAAGCUUUAAGAAUAAAAGACAGUUUUGCAAAAAUUAGUCAGAAACCUCCAGAGCCCAGCGAGCUCAGUUCAAACUAUGUGAAACUGAAGAUCAGUAAACGGACUCUGAUGGACGCUAACAGCAGACGAGCAGCAGCUUCAUAAAGUCCUGAUUUAAUGACGAGCUCGUGUUGCUGAUGUGAACGAGCUGCAAUCACAAGUUUUCCAACAACAAAAAUCAAACCCGUCCGAGUCUCAGGUGGCGGCUCUCAGCGGACACGGGUGGAGGGGACCUGAUGCACCUGUCGGCAAGCGUGAAGCUCCCGAGUUAUCACCGGGUCUAUGUUCCCACGCCCACCUGUGACCGCAUCGAGGCGCUGUCUAACUACGCCCACCUCUGCUCAUUGGACGUCCUGCUCUGAAGUCUGACCCUCAGGCCUCUGGCGCUCUAAGCUGUGAAACAAACACAAAUCAACUUUUCUUCAAUGCAAAAACACGUGACAACAGGAAUGAUCCGACUUUACGUUCCCCCCAAACUGCAGGAAGUUCAGGACCUGUCUCUGAGACAGCUGAAGGUAAAGAGCUCUGCUCCUGCGCUCAGCUUUACCUGACCAGGUGGGCCAAAGCACAGCAGCAGAUUUAUGAAGUGGAUGUUUAUAACUUCACCAGAUAACAGGCCACUGACCCUUUUCCAUUUUUCACUCGUGUCUGUGACUCUGUUGCUCAUACCGAGGCUGCAGCUAGCCCUGAGCUCUGGAUAGCUUUUAGCUUUAGCCACUUUUCUUCUGUUAGCUUCCUGAAAUGUUUCAGUCACAUUGGGUUUGUUGUUGGAACAUUAUUGUGACUGACUUUGGUGAACUUUGCGUCCUCACUCCUUCCAUGCUAAAAACGCAGCAUGUAGUCCGUGUUGGUGUGCGUCCAUGUUUUUGUCUGUCCGGCCGGUCAGCGGCUGGCACGCUGUGCUGGCACACAGCAACAGGGAUGCUGCGUUUGGUCUCUGAGUUGUGGUUUAAGACAGAGUCAUCGCCAUCGUACGAAUCCAGAAACACGUUUGAUUUUUAUUUGUUGCAGAACUUUGUGAUUGCACCUCGUGGAGGGAGGAAAUCCCCUCUCCUUUUCAGACCUGCUGGCCUUGAUUUACCAACACAUUAAAAAUGAUUUGUAUACCACCGUUACGUCCGGUCCUGAGUCCAGCCCGCACGGGUUUAACCACCUACAGCUGUGAAACAUGCUGAUAUUCAGUGCAGCUGGUGGAUGCUUCAUUACAUAUAUUUAACAAAGAGUGAUGACGUCACACGUACGGAAGAGCUGAACUCGCCCGCCGUGUUCUCGUCAACAUUCAGGAUCUAUUAUUUCAUUUUUAGUUAGACUCCAUUAAUAACAAACAUGCCACUUUCUUUAUGUAGGUUAAAAAAUAGCUGCACAUCAUUUGGUCACUAAGCAACACUCGCAGACGCUGAUUGGAGGAACCAGAGCCGUCAGAGCUCAGCCUGCACUGCAAACAUCUCUCAGAAGUGUGUGUGUGUGUGUGUACACCUGUUUAGACAUCUUUGUGAGGACAAAACCAGCAUGUAACUAUACUUGUGGAGAUCAACAGCCUUUAUGGGGACAAAGUGCCCGUCCCCGAGUUUAAAGGUGGUGUUUAGUGUCAGGGUCACAGUUAGGCAUUUAUUUCUGAUGGUUAGCAUUAUGUCAAUUAGAUGUCCUCACUAAGAUAUGAAAACGUGUGUGUGUGUGUGUGUGUGUGUGUGUGUGUGUGUGU